UUCCCAGCAGCUUCGGGUCGCAGUUCGCGCAAAAACCGUAAUCCGGACGGGAAGGACCAGCGAUUCCCAUUGAUCAUCGCGGAAACGUCCUCCAGAGAACAAACCAGUGGGCUAGGAGUACAUUGAUAAAAUGAAGCUCCACAAGUUUUGAGCACCUUCAGCUUUGCGGAAUUGACCAUGGGAUAUCCUGGACCAUUCCGGAUCAUGUGAACAUUAGAUUCUACUGACCGUGUUUGAGAUAGACAAUCGAGAUGAGACCGAGGGUCAUCCUCUCGUUGACUUUCCUGGUGCUGUGCUCCAUGAUUCUGUCUUCAGAAUCAAAACUUCAGCAGCAGGCGAUUGUGGAAGAAGAUGAGGAUGAAGAUGAUGAUGACUGGGAAGAUGAUGACGAUGAUGAUGAGAAUUACAGAUCCAGACCUGAAGUUGAUGAUGAUGGUAGGAUCUACAAGAAUCCAAGAAACUCACCAUCAGCUUUGUGUCCAAGAGAUGAAGAGCAGGCUGAGAUGCAGGGCCAAAAGUGUUUAAGGAAGUGCUCAACUGAUGAGGAUUGUAAGAGUAAAAAGAAAAAGUGCAGAUGUGAUGGAAUUUGUGGAAUGUCUUGUAUUAAGCCGGAUAGGGAAUGUCCAGAUUUGGAUCAGAUUGAACAUGGAUUGAUGAGAUUCUCCGGUAAACUUUUUGGAGAUAAGGCCCACUAUACUUGUGAUGCUGAUUUUUAUUCUGUGGGGUUGUUGGAGAGGACAUGCAGAGCUGAUGGUCGUUGGAGUGGAAGCACACCGUCUUGUAAAAAAGAGUCGAAGACUUUUUGCUUGGAACCUCCGAAAAUUAAAAAUACAAGGCAUAAUGCACUGCCGGAACAAACUUCGUUUGAUCUGGAUAGCAUGGUCCAAUAUUUCUGUGAUCAUGGAUAUGUCACCACUGGGUUUCCUAAAGCUAAGUGUCUCAUGAUGGAUGGAGCCGCUAGCUGGUUCGGGCCUGAUAUCGCAUGUGAACCUCAGAGUUGUGGGCCUCCUGCUGAUAUCGCUAAUGGAUGGCAUGCUGGCGAAUGCUACUCGUACGACUGUCGCGUUUCAUAUCAUUGCGCCGACACAUACGAAUUGGUUGGCCGUGCUGAGAAAAUCUGUAUGGCCGACGGAAAUUGGACUCCAAAAGAAUUACCACAAUGUGUUCAGGUCGCGCAAGUGCAGUGUCCAGCUCCUGAGAAUCCACGCCACGGUAACGCCGUUUACACAUCCACCGGGUACAACUCCAUAGUCUCGUACGAGUGCAAAUAUGGUUAUACCAUCGUAGGAGCAGCGACGAGGCGAUGCGGCGCCGACAGAAGAUGGACAGGACAAACGCCGACGUGCAAAGAGAUCAACUGUGGAUCGCCGGGAACCCUUUACAACGGCUGGAUCGAGAACAUCGAAGCAGGAACUGGAUUGGGUGCAAGUAUCAUUUUCCGUUGCAAUGAUCACAUGAAGUUAGAAGGGAAUACUUCAUCAGUUUGUCAAAUAGAUGGAAAAUGGCGAUAUCCAAUUCCUCAGUGUCUUGCCCCAUGUGUGGUACCACAGAUCGGCAAUGGUCAUGUAUCAGUCGCAAGUCAUGACCGAGACCAUAUCAACAAUGUAACAGUUGUGGAGCAUGGCGAAAGAUUACUGGUUGAGUGCGUUCAAUAUUAUGAAUUUGCAGCCAAUAGUACACCAGUUGUCUGCAAUAAUGGUACUUGGUCGAUAGUACCUUCUUGCUCACCAGCUAGAUGCAGGCAGAUGCCGAAACAACCAAAAAAUGGAAUGGUCAUUGCUCCCAAGACUGAUCAUGGCAUGAAAGCUGUCUUCAAAUGUAAGGAUGGAUUUGAGCUGCUUGGAGGUGGUCCUUUUAAUCAGUCCUUCUCGGUAGAGUGCAGUUUUGGAAACUGGACUGGGGACAUUCCAUCUUGCAUUGAAGUCUACUGCCCAUUCCCUGGUUUCGUGAAGAACGGAAAAGUUCUUCUGGUUGGAAACAUGGGAGUUUAUGAUUACAGACCUUACGUGAAGAAAGUCGUGAACAACAAGCAAAUAAUGUACGACUGCGACAAGGGCUACUACCUAAGUGAGGGUCCCCCAGGAGCUACUUGCAUCAGUGGAAACUGGAGCCCGAGAGAGCUUCCAAUCUGCUCCUUGGGCCAACACCCCAGAAUUCGAUGGAACAGAAAAAGAAGAUCAAUCCACGAGGAAGGAAGAAACCAAACAAUAAUCGCAGCUUACAAAAAGUUCAUUGACUUCUUCCGAAAAGUAGGCAAGAAACUCCUUCACCUGGAAAUGAAGAAGAACCUCACGACCACAAAUAAUUCUACCCACGAAGUUCAAACAAACCUAACACUCCACAACACUCUCAAAAAUGGAACUUCUCACAGUGGACGAUCACGAUCCAGGGACGAGAAGAUGGUCGACUUCCUCAAGGUCGUUUAUCGCAAGCUACACAGAAUUGAUACCAAACAUGCAGAUAACCACACAAAUGUGACAAUGCAUGAUCUUCUGAAUGUUAUCAGCAAAAACUUCUUUCAUGUUGAUUUGUCUGAACCGAGGAGGAACUCAACUGCAAAAAAUCGAGAUAGCUUUGAGGUCAGAAACCAACGAGAGUUCACAAAGUUGAAGAGGGAGUUUGAGAGGAUUGUCAGAUUCUAUAACAAGACUUUACGAUGGUAUGAGAAGCAGUCGCGAAAGGAGUCUAGAAGGAGAAAUCAGACUCGAGUUGAGAAAGGAAAGAAGAAGGAUAAGAAGAAGCACAAGGUGUCGAGCACGUACAAAGGCUUUUAUGAGUUCAUUAACGACUACGUGAACGAGAAGUUAUCGAUGCUGGAAACUCAUAAUAUGACGGAGGAACUGAUCAAGAAAAUGAAUAUUAACAAGAUGACCAUCCGGAAUGGAACUUCCUUUACGAUCGGCGAGAUUUACACUUUCUUCAAACAUAUCAUAGAAAAUAAAAUCAACUCGUCUAAGAUCACUGAAGAGGUCACGACUGUAAUAACGCCUUCGACCCAGGAAACAGAUAAAACGACGAUUCUAUCAAUCUUAUCAAAUAGCAGUGAAUCUUCAAUAAAUAACGAAAUACCAUUAGCUGAAAGUAAAGGUGAAGUACCAAAGCAUCGUAGCAGACGAAUUAGAGAUGCUUCUGUUGAUGGGAAUGGCAAUAUACUGUUCGCAGGCCGCCAAUCAAACUUAGGACAGUUUUUGUGGAAGGGGUUGGAAGCACAGCAGCAAAGUCGAGCGAAGAGAUUUCUUUCGCCAUCUGAGCUGGAUAAUCAAAUUUUAAUUAAGAAUUUAUAUUUAAGAGCGUAUGAAGGCCAGUAUAGAGAGGACGUCAAACGAUCCCUUUUGCUAAACAAUCGAGUAAACUCGCCCGUCUUCCGGGGUAUGAGAUCCGAAGAAGAAUGAAUGAUGUUAUUGUGAUAUUAUGGAAUUUAUUAUCAAUAAUCGAUACCAGCCAAUUUUAGGUGAAUAUACACGUUAUUCGAUAGUUCAUCGGUUUUUCUCUCGUCCAUUGAUAAUCUAACAUGUACGACACUUUUUGACGAAAAUAAAU